GUUACAAGUAUUUAAAUAUUAAUAAUUAUAUAAUGUUCGAAACUAUUGGAAGUAUUUCGAGCAGAUUUAUUAUUUUGUUUUAUAAAUUGUGUGUAUUAGCUACAUUGAUUCCGAAUGACGUCAACGCUGCCGUUCCCACGUGUUAAAACGGAUCAAUAACGUUAGAACUUUCAAAGCUCCUCACUAGGGUACACCACUUGUCUCAGUCAUAGUUCCAUACGGAACUUUUCUCUUGUAAUCAUUUAAAAACAAUGUCUGCACAAAAUUAAAUCUAAACUAGGUGUCUAGGUACCUACAUUAUUUGCAAGCAAUAUUCUUAAACCAUGUUUGAGGGUAUUGUUGCAUCGUUACUCAAUAGAUACCUCGGGAAGUAUAUAGAAGAUUUGGACUUAGAAAACUUAAAUGUAGGCAUAUUCGGAGGGAAUGUGUUGCUGUCAAAUUUAAAGUUAAAAACUGAAGCUUUGGUAACGUUUUGCAUUUAUUUAAAUUCUAACUAAAACUGUAUUAAACUUGUUAUUAUUGAGUUUAGUAUGAACUCGGACUGCCAAUUGAAGUGAAAGCUGGCUCGGUUGGAAAAUUCAAUGUGAAUAUACCGUGGAAUGGACUUUCAAGUCAGCCAGUAGUGAUAAAAAUUGAAGUAGGUACCACCUUAGCAUUGAAACAAAAUUUUUUCAAAACAUUUUUCUAGGUAUUUAUAAUAAUAAUUGUAUACUAUUUAAUUUAAGGAAAUAUUCAUUAUCGCCGGACAAGUUAUUGGAAAAGAAUGGGAUACAGAACUAGAAAAACGUUUGAUGAGAGCGGCCAAGAAGAGAGUUUUGGAAAGUAUAGAAAAUGUAUUUAUAUUUGGUAAUGGUAAGUAUAAAUGCAUAUUACAUACAUUUGAUAACGGCAAAAUUAAAUUAAUUAAAAAAAAAAAUACCUAUAUUUAAUUUAGGCUUAACAAAUAAUGGUGGGUUUCUUGAAACUUUAUUAACCACUGUUAUGAAUAAUUUACAAAUCUAUAUAAGAGGCGUUCAUAUUCGAUUUGAAGAUUCAAUGACUAAUAUAGAUUCACCAAGAUCUUUAGGCUUAUGUAUACAAUCAAUCUCAUUGGAAACAACCAACAGGUUAUUUACAUUAUUAAUUUAGAAAUUAGAUUAGUAGGUACCUAGAUAGGUACCAUUUAAGCAACUGCUAUUCAUUUAUUACAGUAAAUGGAAGCCAAUUUUAUCACAACAGCGUGGACAGACUUCUGUGUAUCACAUUGUCAAAAUUGAUUCAGCUUCAUUAUAUUGUAAUACAAUGUGUUCAAAUUUAUUGUAUAACAAUAAAAGUGUGGUAACAGAUUGGCAGGAUAAAAUGCGAUCAGGUCUUAACAACUUUCAAAUAAAUGAAGAACCCUUGGAAUUUAGUGAGUAACUAUUAUUAACUAACUAUAAAUGUAUAUAUUUUAUUUAAUAAAGUACCUACUUAUAUUCAGACUAAUAUUUUUUUGAUGUGCCUAUAUAGUACUGAAACCAGUUGUACUGAAAAUAAAAAUUAUUAUAAAUAAAUCAAAUGAAGUAAGAGUUCCUAAAUUACUCGUUGACUUUGUUCUUCAAGAUGCUGCUUUACAAAUAUCUAGAAAACAAUUUGUUGCUUUGAUAGAAACUGCAGAUUUUAUGAAAUUGGCAGAGAUUAAUAGGUCAGUAAAUAAUUAUAUAAAUUAAAAUACAAUGCAAUACUUUCAGAAAUGAUGUACGGUUAUAAAUAGGUACUUACUUCAGUGAACAUGUAGGUAUAUAUAUUGUGUAUUAUGAGUUAUGAGUUUAUGAUUCAUUGUUAAUUAUAAUAAAAAUACUAGGAUUUUAACUAAUUAUUUUAUGAUUAUAUUUCAGAUUAUAUCAAGAUAUUCGCCCUCAUUGUAACGUUUUAAAUAACUCUAAAAGUUGGUGGAUAUAUACUUAUAAAUGUGUUUUACGACAGAGAGUUACAUCACUUUGGCAAAAAAUAAAAACUCAUAGGUUAAUAAUCAUUUUAAUUAAUUAAAAAUGGUAUAAGUAUGGCAUUUAUAAGUAAAAUUUUUAAUUUUCUGUAUUUCAGAAAGAAUUAUAAGAGUUAUAAAAAUGUGUACAAAAAAGUUCUGGUAAAUCCAAAUGAUACUGAAUUAAAAAUAGAUUUACAAAUGCUUGAAGAUGAGUUGGACAUUUUUAACUUAGUUCUAGCAAGAGAACAUGCUAAAAUUGAAGUUAGAUAUGAGAACUGUUUAUAUAUAUAAAUACCUAUAUAUUUAAUAUUAAUUAUUUUUCAAAUGUAUUUUAAAGCUUUGUGAAGAAAAUCCAGAAAGUGUUACUAUUCAAGAGUUCCAAUCAAAAUGGUGGUCAAGUAAUGCUAAUUCUAUGUAUCGUUUAUGUCUAACAUCUGAUAAAGGUAAAACGUUUUGGAAUCUACUCAGUCAAUCAGAAAAAGAUAGACUUAAUGAUUUGCUUGGUAAAAAUGAUGAAUCACAAAUAUCUAGAUACGAUAAACCAAAACAGUAUAUAGGUAUACCUACUCUACACAAAUAUCACUUAUUGUUCAUUAUUUGUACAAUAAUGAAGUUUUACUUUUUUAGAACACAAGAUUAAUUUAACAAUAGCAAAUUGUUUGAUUAGUUUAAUAAGUGGUUCCAAUGAAUUAAUGGUUAUUACCAUUGGUCAUUUAAUGAGUAGUCUUGAAACUAGACCAUCUGCUAAAGCAUACAAAAUAUCUACAAGAAUUGAAAGUAUAAAUGUUGAAGCUUCUGUAGAAUAUAGUCUAGUUCCAAUAAUUGAUACCUGCUCAAUGCAAGGUAAAUAUAAACAAUUUUUCUAUAGUGACAUUUAUAUAAAAUUAUUAUUAACAUAAUAUUUAUAAUCCAUAAGGAAAUUCAUCAAAAUAUUUUUUGAGUAUUGAUUUUGAAAAAAAUCCUCUAAAUUCAGAAGCAGAAUACGGAUUAAAUAUUACAUCAGAAGCAGUGGAAGUAGUUUAUUAUGAAGUAGGUUUUUUCAAAUUAGAAUUCAUUAUAAUUAUAUUAUGUUAUGUUUUUAUUUUUUUAGUUUGCUAUAUCUGCAUUACUCAGCUUCUUUUAUUAUAACCAAAAAAUUAAUAUUGAAUCGGUCAUAGAAAAAUUUUAUAAAACAAUUUAUAAAAUAUUUGAAAAAAUAUUCAAUUCUAGUAGACCAGAGUCCAAGUUCAAAAAAAUUCUAUUAAAUAUUGAUCUUCAACUACCAUAUGUUGUAAUUCCAGAAUUUGGUUCGAUUCAAAAGUAUGUAAUAUUUAUUUUAGAAGUGUAAUUUUAAUUAAUUAUUUUAAUUACAUUUAAUAGAGGUGAAAAUUUAAUGGUGGUGGAUUUCGGUGGAUUAAAAAUUAAAAGUGAUUUACAACCAGAAACAAUCUGUUUAGAUGAUGCAACUCAAAUGGAAAUGGAGGAAAAACUUUAUGAUCGAUAUUAUAUUGAUAUUGACGGAUUUCAAUUAAUAUUUUGCAGUUCAGGUUAAUAUUACUCGUUUAUACACUUUAUCAGUAUAUAGUAUAUAGUAAUAAAAGCAAUGACCAAUAUAUAAUUUUUGAUUUAUGCCUUAUGAAUUUUAGGAAAUGAUUGGAGGAGUUUAAAAAAUCAAAUUAAUUCAUCAUCACAUAUUUUAGCAAAGACUGUUACUCAAAUUAUCUUAUCAAAUAGUAUAAGACCAGAAUACAAACAAUUGGCUAAAAGAAAAAUCAAUAUAUCUGUUCAGAAUAUUAAAUUGAACUUAUCUGAUCAUAAAAUAAGUUCAAUUUUAGACUUUUUUGAAAAUACACCAAUACCAUCAAAUCAUGUAUCAUCAGCAAUUUUAAAAAGACAUUAUAGUGAUGAUGAUGAAGUAUACGCAUUGGAUAAAGUUAGUAAUAUUAUGAUUAUUAAAAGUACCCAAUAAUUUAAUGUAUAAUUAAUUUAAUUGGUUAGAUUAACUUACAUCAAACAAAAAGAGAAUUGCUAGAAUUAAAAUCUACCUUGGCGCUGUAUCAGAAAUUGAAAGGCAUUAAUAUCAGAUCAACUGAAGAGAGAGCUGAAGUUAAAAUAGCUUUUAAAAAUUUAGAAAAAAAGUGAGUUAUUCAUUAUUUAAGUAUUAAAUUAAUUGAGUAAAAUUCUAAUGUCCAUAUUUUAAUAGAAUCUAUUUAAUAAGCUUUUUAUAAGUAUAAUAAUUCAAUAAUUUGAAAUUUGAACAAAAUUUAUUAUUUUAGUAUUUUGAUCGGAAAUUUAAAUUAUUAUAGACUAAUAGAUAGAAAACUUAUACUUGAAAUAUAAAUAAUUAAUUCAAAGAAGUUAUUUCAAAUUUAUUAAAAUUACAUUAUAGAUUAUGAAGAAAUAUGAAAGUUUUUAUUUUUCAGAAGUAUAGUUUCAUCAGAAAUUAGCGAUGAAGAAUUUGCUGAACUUUGGGCUCGUACAGUUGAUUUGCCUGGGUUUGAUGACAAUGUUUCUCCAAAUAAUAGUAUUACAUCUCUUUUCAGAUGCGUUAUUGGCGAAGUAAUGUUUUUAAUAAAAAUAUUGAUUUCCUUAUAUUUCAUAAAAAUAUUUUUUUUAGAUUUCGAUUAAUUUCCGUCAAUUCAGUGAUCGAACAGAAAAAUCUUAUCUAAAUUUGAUAUUAAAACGUUUUUGUUGUGAUCUGGCUAUUAUGGAGUAUGGACCAGCUGUACAAACUUCUGUUGGAUCAAUUGUUCUGUCUGAUUUACAACAUACUUGCAAAAAUGGUGACUCUGUUCAACUAUUUUCAAUAAUAUCUGAUUAUUUAGUACAAGAUUCUAUUAAUUUACUUUACAGAAAGGUAUAAAAACUAAACAUACAUAAUAUAUAAAUUAAUAGAUUAAGUGUAUUACAUUUGUUUUGUAACAUUUUAGGUAAAAGCUAGUUGUCCCGAUUUUAAAAGUCAUUUUCACAGUGUUGAAAGGUCUCUGGUGUUAGAUUUAAAUCAAGUAUCAUUUGUAUUUCAUCGUACUGCAUUUAUAACAUUUUAUAAAUAUUUACAAAAUAUCGUGAAAAAGUAAUUUUUUUUUUUUUCAUUUUAAUAUAAUAUUAUUAUAAUAAUAUGUAUAUUUUUUUUUUAUUGCCCAUAUUUUAAAAAUAUACUUUUAUAGAUUUUAUAAUAGACGGAUUUGGAGUUCUACUUUGUCAACUGAAUACAUCCAGAAUUAUAUAAAUAACUGUUUUUAUAAUGAUGAUCCCCCUAUACCCCAGGGAGCAACAAAGUUUAGUUACUCUGCAAGGAUUUCCAAUUGUAAAACACUAGUUUGUGAUACUGGAUUAGAUUUUUUGGAUGUCAAAGUAAGAUUUGUUUUAAUUUUUCAUAAUUAAAUAUUAUAUUAUUUUUAUUGGUUUGAAUUAUAUGAACAGAUUGAUGGUUUGGAGAGUGAUUGUACAUUUAAAGCAAAUGAUCGGAUGGUAUUUAGAUUUUAUGCAAUGAAUAUGAGUGUUGAUGAUUUAUCCAAUAUUACUUUAUAUCCUAAGGUAUAAUUUUAUUUUAUUAUAUAGACUUAAAUUAUUCUGAUUUUUUAAUAUGAAUAUUUAAUAGUUGUUAUAUACGGAUGAGGAUAAGCUUUUGGAAUUUAAAUAUGUUCGGCAUAAUCCCAGACUUUACAAAACUAAUAUUGAAGCUCGAAAAGAUGAUGUAAAAUCUGAUGGAACUAUUAAGGUGCAUGUGGGACGAGUACAUAUGACUGUUUUAUGCAGUAUUCUAUUAGAUUUUCAAGUAAAUAUUUAAAAAAAACUAUCAGCAUAUUACCUUGUUUAAUUUAACUAUUUUUCCAUAAUUAGUAUUUUAUGGAACCAAUUGUUUCUGAAGAACUCAUUGAUUUUAGUCAACACGUUCGUAAAAUUAUCAUUCCAUAUACUCCAGAUUUACGAAAUGGUUGGAAGAAUAAAAUUCAUUUGUCAAUAUCUUUGCAUCUACCAGUAGUAUUAUAUCCACAAAAUUGUACAUCUCCAAAUGUUAUUUUAUGCAGUUUUGGAGAUCUUUCUGUAGAAAAUUUUUUCAAAGAACAAUCAAAAAAAGAUUUUGACUGUAUAGAUAUUGUUGAUAAUAUAUUGGCUAACUGGGAUGCAAUUAAUGUAUCCAGAGCUAUUAUGACAUUGGAUGGAACACUUAUUACUCAAGUAAAUAAUUACAUAUUAUUAUAAUAAUUUAAUGAGAAUAUUUGUUUAAUUUAUUGUAUCAUAUAAUUAUAUAGGAGCCAAUGGUGGAACCAUUUGGAAUUCGUUUAGAAAUUAAAAGGAAUACUACAAAUAAACUUUUGUAUUGGGUAAAUGGAGGUAUUGACAAUGUACAAAUUAAUUUGGGACAAAAAGAUUUUGCAACAUUUUUACAAGUUUGGGCAGACAACUUUGAGUAUGGUCAUUGUAUUAAUGAAAUCUGUUAUAUGAUGACACCACACAGUAAUGAAGUUUUGGAAGAUCAAGAUUUGAAAAAAAUACAAGUAUUUUUUAACCAUGAAGUUUCUGUUCAAGAAAUUGAUUUCAAAUUUACUAUAGAUGGUGUACAAAUUGCACUUUUUGCAAAUUCAGAUGAAGUAUACAUAAUACAAUAUUACAAUACCUAUUAAUAAUAAUAUUUUUUUAAAAAAAAUGUUUUUUUCUAGACAUUAAGUUCACCUAUAAGGGAUAUAAAUCAUUCGUUAUGCAAAUUAGAUUUGGAUGAAAUAAAUAUUAAGAUAGAUGUAUUUUCAGACGAUAGAUUGAUUUUAAAUACUACAAUACAAAGAUGUUUAUUAGAAGACACUAGAAGACAAAAUAAAUCAGAAAAAAUGUUAGUAUUAUAGUUAUAACUAAUUUAUUAAUAUUUUUAAUAAAAAUAUACAAAUUAUUUAAGGAUAUUUGAAGCAAUUGGUCCGUUAGAUUCUUCUAAUGAAAUACAUAUAUCUGUAUCAACUCCGCCAUUAUUUGACUUGUCUUUUGAAAAGACAUAUUCAGGUGACAGAACAAUUCAUAUUCAUUUGGAUAAAACUAGAUUGAAUGUUUCUAUUCCGUUUGUUGUGGAGUUAACACAAUUUGUUUUUGAUUCUUUACCAAUAAAAAGAAAAGUGAAUAACUAUGAUAUCUUAGUAUCACCAAUGUUUAGUACAGAAGGUCGAAGAAAAUACAGAGAUGAAAAGUUAGCAGCAGACAAAAUCCCAUUAAAUGUUGAAAAACAGUCUGGUAUAAUAUUUCUUUUAGAUAGAAAAUGUUUAUAUAUAUAUACAUAUAUUUGUGUUUUACUAAAUAAAUACUGUUACAUAGCUUUAACUAUAUCUGUUCGGUUUGGACGCCCUGAAAUAGCAGUAUUGCUUCCUGUAACAGAGGAAUUUGAUUUUCGUGAUCAAGUACUUUUAUGUCGAACAGAGUUCCUUUUAGAUUAUAGUCGUCAUCCUGGGCACGAAGAACGACUAGUUUGUUCAUUAUCAAAUUUUCAUAUUUUAGCGACAUCAAAAAAAAGAAGAGCUGAAAAAAUGGUAUUUAAGAAACAUUUAUAUUAUAUUGAAAAUCAUAAAUAUUUAUAUAAUUUUGUAUUGCAUAGGUUUUACACCCGUGUGAUAUUGAGUUCUCAAGAACUAUAAAGUCAGGAGACCGUGAUACAAUUGAAAUUCUAGUUCGUUGUAGCCCUAUAAAUUUACAUUUAUCAACUAGUACCGUUCAUAUAAUUCUCAAUGUAUGUUUUUAUAAUUAUUAAUUUAUAAAGAAAAAUAUAUUCAUUAUUAUGGUUCUUUAAGGUUAUUGAUUAUAUAGAACUAAACUAUGAAGAUGAAUUUGAUAUUGAUAGAUCAUCUUAUUGGGAAUUUAAAAAUGAUGAAUUGUGGACUCCAAAAUCUAUAGUACCUAGUUAUUUACCCAAUAAGUUAAUACCAAAUGGAAAAUUGUUAUCAUUUUUCAAAUUUAAAUUUUCUGAUGCUAUGGAUGUGAAAUCAGAAAAUCUUGAGCUCUAUAUACAAGAUAUAAAUGUAGCUUUAGAAAUAGAAGAAUUAGAUUUAGAAGAUAUUCCUAUAAUUAUGUUGAAAUCAUCAUUAAAAGUUCAAGUAAAAGACUGGUCUGAUCAGUUUCAAUUAAAUGGUAUACAUGUUUGUUUUAAUUAUCGUACUAGUAAAUUAGUAGAACUAUAUAUUAUUAUAUAUUCGAUAUGUAUUUUAUUUCUAGGUGAUUUAAAUUUAAAAGCUUCAUAUUAUAAUUGUAAUUUGAGUGUUUGGGAACCAUUUAUUGAACCAUGGAAUAUAACAUUAAAAGUAUAUACAAAUAAAAUAUUAAAUCAUCAAUACACUUUUUCAUUUUUUUGUAAUUUUUUGGAUUAGGGUUUUUUGGCAAAGUUCAAUGAGAAGCAUGCUGAUUUAGGUGAAAUGGUUCGAACAUCUCUACAGUCGAUUGUUGAAGGUGAGAGUGAAACAUCAGAUGAUGAAAGUGAAGCUGAAAUGAAAUUCAUUAGGAAAAAAGUGAAGUCCAGAGGUACAAUAAGAUUUUAAAUAUUUAGUCAAUUUAAAAAUCAGUAAAUCGUUCAUUUUUCAAUAAUAAUAUUUAUAUAGAAACUUCACUUGAAAAAUGGUACUCUGAUGACUCAGAUUCAGAUCAAGACACUGGAGUUAUGAAUAAAUUAGCUAAAGCUGUAACACAUUUAAUUUCAGAGUAUGAUCAAAUAUUUUCAUCUACAUUCAAUUUUAUUUUAAUACAAUUUUUAUAGUGAUUUUAGUGAUGAAGAUAUAACAAAUACAGAUUCUAGUGAUGAAAGUAUAGCAGAACACGAAUCUAAGAAUAUUAACCAAGAUAGGACUUUAAAAAAAAAAAUCAGUAAUUUUUAAAAAACAUUUUAUUGUAAAUAUUGUAAUUUUGACAUUACUAUAUUUUUAAGGUGAUUCUAGCGACUCUGGGUUGGAAAAUGAUUCUGAUGAAUUGGAAACAUCCACAUACAUAAUUUUUGAAACUGAUAGGCUUGAAGUUUCAUUUACUCCAGCUAAUAUAUCUGCUAUUGAUACGCUCAUCAAAUCAUUGUAUAAUCCGAGAACUGAUGAUUGUGAUUCAACUGAGAGUUUUGUUCUUGUUAAUGAUCUUGCUGUAAGAUCUAUUGUUAUAUUAAAUCAAAAAACUGAGGUAAUAAAUAAUACAUAUUUAUAUUGUAACUAGUUAUCUUACCCUUCAUCUUAUUUAGCUUCUAUAGCACAUUCAAGGUAUUUCAUGACAUUUUUUUUUAUUUUCACUUUCUUCUAGUUUCAAUCUUAAUUUUAAUUUUUGGAGAUCUGAUUUAAAUUUAACUAUAUCUAUUGACUUCAGUUAGAGGUGCUUACCUCUAAGUAUUGUUCCAUUGAUUGUGUCUGUUAUCAGAAAUAUAAUCAAGUGGUCUAUUUUUUUACAACUUAAUUUUCAUAUAUUUUUUUAUAUAUAUAUAUAUAUAUAAAUCAAACUAAUAUUUUAUUUAUUAUUUUGAUAUUUUGUAAAUUUUGAAAAUGCACCCUCCUCAUAAAUUAAAUUCUAGCCAUGUACCAUCUUUCAUUACUGUUUGUAUUAUACCAUUAGAUUUUCAUACAUGUACCGCCCAUUUCAAACAUUUGCAUCUUAUAAUUAAUGAUAACUUGAUAUUGGGCUUUCAAUACUUCUGGUAAAAUUCUCAAUUGGUUUUAAUUAUUUAUAAUUAGUUAUAAAAUACAUAAUUAUAUACUUAUUAGUUGUAUGCCCACUAUACAUGACAGGUUAUAGUGGAUUUUAUGUUUGGUUGUCAUAAUAAAUUAAUAAAGCUUUACAGACGGAUGGAUCACAGUCUUUAUAUAUACAAUAUAUCCACUAUAUAAAUAUUGUAAAUGGUACUUUAAGUGGGAAUACUUAAAAUUCUAUGAUAAAUAUGCAUUUAAAUACAAAUUAAUAACAUACCAUCUUUCUACUACUAGAUUAACAAACAGUAUAUGUGCCUAACACGCUUAUAAUUUGUGUAACCAAUUAUUUUCCCUACAUGUACAUUUCUAAACUAUUUUUAUCUAUUUAUUUCUAUAUUUAAAUUUUUCAUAUAUGUCUUUUACAUAUAUAUGUUAUUUUAGAAAGGAUUAGAACAAAUCUUGGAAGCAAUUGAUGGAUCUAGAACGUCAUCAAUAUCUAGACAAAGGUUAGUAUCAAUAAAUAAAGAAAUAAUAUACAAAUGAUAUUUCUUUAGACUCUUAAGUUUAAAUAAUAAGUGCAUUGGUUGUAAUAAAUGCACAAACAAUAUAAUUAUAUAAAUAAUGAACAAAAUUCUUACAAUUUUUUUUUAGCAUGUCUAAUGAUUGCACUUUCGUUAACAAUUUAACAAAAAAUAAAAAUGUCGGCCAUAUUGAUGACAAUUUUGGUGAAAUAGUUUAUAGAAAAAUUACUGACUAUCAACUUAACAUAAAAGUUGAAGGUUAGUUAAUUUUAUAUUUGAUUGAAGGUAACAUUUAUAUUAUAUGAAUAAAAACUUACAGGUUUUGAUGAUUUGAUUGUGGUCUGUCCGAAACGUACAUGUAACAAAUUACAUGCUCUUUCUCCGAUAAAAAACGAUACUAGAUAUUGGAUUAUGGUAUCUGUAGUAUCUGAAAAAUUGAAUCAUAUAAUAACAAUUCGAUCACCUCUCAUGGUAUAUAACAAAUAAAUAAUAUUAUAAAACAUGAUUAUAUAGUUAUCUGUAUGUAUUAUUUCAGUUAAAAAAUGAUACAUCAUAUCCUUUAACAGUUCAUUACAAUCGUACAGACGCCGUGGAUACUUUUGAAAUGGAUUCUGGAGUUGUAGGAGAAUCAGACAAUCCUUUUGAAGCAAUAUGUACUUUGGCAAUUCUUGAAGCAGGAUCGGUUUUUAAUGUUCCAAUAGCUUUAGCAUAUCAUUCAAAACUAUUUUUAUCGCCUGCUAAUUUACAGUAUGUAAAACAAUUUAAAUAAUGAAUAAUAGGUAUUUAAUAUUUAUUGAAUUUUAUUUUCAUGAAAAUAAUUUUUUUUUUUAGAAAUUAUCUUGUUAGUGAAACUGGUGUUUGGUGGUCUGAUAUGUCAAUUGAUACAAAUUCUGCAAAAGAUUUAGUAUGUGUCACAUCCAAAGUCGAUGAUCAACCAACUUUUUCUGUUCGGGUAAGAAUUUAUUUUAUUUAUCACCUAGUCAUCAAGUGUUGUUUAAAAAUCUAAUAUAUUUUUUAGGUGGUUUGUGAAGAAGGUGAACCGGUAUUUAACAGAGCUUCAAGAACUGUACCAAAUUAUACCUUAAGAGCAGUUCCACCUGUAAUCAUUCAUAAUUUUCUACCAUUUGCCAUAGAAUUGAAUUUUACAAAUUUUAAACAUCAUAUUGAAGCUUCAGAAAAAAUUGAUGUUUACACUUUAAAUCUUAUGCACAAAAUUAUUAAAAUUGAUGUAAUUGUACCAUCAUAUCUUGGUAUAUCCUGGUCUGGUAACUUUAACUUACGUAAAGAUAUAAAUGAAAAAAUUGUUAAUAUGAGUACUGAACAUGACACGGACGGAGGUAACAAACAUUUGAAAAUUGCAGUAAAAAUUACCAAUGAAGAUUCCUGUCGUAUAUUUAUUCAUUCGCCAUACUGGAUAAUCAAUAAAACUGGAUUACCAUUACAAUUGAGGGUAAAUUAUAUAAUAUUUAGCUACUUAUUUUAAUAAAUUAAUAUUUUAUAUUAUUUUCAGGGUUCACGAUCUGAUAUUGUGUAUGAAUCACACUCAGAAGAACCUAUUUUAUUUUCAUACAAACGCUUAAAAAAGAGGUAUAUUAAACUUAGAGCAUACCACUCGAAUUGGUCAUCAGCAUUUUCAAUGGACACAGUUUAUUGUCCUGGACUUGUGAUUUGUAAAGAUAAAGAACGACAGAAAAAAUAUAGGAUUUUAAUGAAGCCAGUUUUAUCUCAUUUGUGCCCUCAUUUAACAACAAUUGUGACAUUCGUACCAAAUUUCUCAGUGGUAAAUAGUUCUAAUAGAAGUUUACGUUUCAUGGAAGAUAAUCAAGAAGCAGAUUUAUGGACAGAUAUUUUACAGGGACAAGUAUGCAUGAAAAUAAUUGUCAUCUUAUUUAAUUAAUUUCAAAUAUUAUUUGUUUUAUUAUUAAAGACAUUACCUUUCUGGCCUGAAACUGAAUCAAUGAGAAUGUUUGUCAAAUUUCGAGAUAGCAAAUCAGGAUCUCAACAUUUUUUGAUUAUAAAAGAACAUCAAACUGUUCUCAGAAUGGAUAGAGGAGUAAUAAACUAUAAUAUAUAACUAUAGUCAUUCAAAUUAAAAAAUAAUAAUACUAAUUUUUUCAGAGAGCACUUGUUGUAAAAGUAACUGGUGGUGGUGAAAAUCCAUUUUUAAUAAGUUUCCAUAAAUUUCGUCAAAAUGACGCUCCAGUACGAGUAGAAAAUAUGUGUGAUGAUAUAUUUUUAAAAAUUCAUCAACAAAAUUUGGGCCAAGUAUUUAUUUAUUUUUUUUUUAAUGUUUUUUAUAUUAAUAUUGAUAUAUUAUUAUAAAUUAGUAAGUACGUUUGAAUUUUUAUAUUAAGGUGACAUUACUAAAUCCUAAUCAAUCUGUAUUGUAUACUUGGGAUGAUCCAACUGAGGAACGUGUACUUUACUGGAAUGUGUAUAGCAAGAAAUCAAAAGGUUUUGUAGCCAAGUAUGAAAAAGAAGGAUAUGGACAAGAAAGGAUAAGCUUUUGUCAAAUAAAACCAUCAGAAACUACGAGUAGCAAUUUAAAUUUAAUGAAAUUGAUAACAAAUCAAACUCUGGAACCAAGUGAUACCAGUAGUACUGAGGAUACAGAUUCUGAAGAACCCCAUAUUAAAGUAAUGUAUUUUUAAUUGUUUUUAUGUAAGUACCUAAAUACUUACCUAAUUUCUAAAUUAAUGUUUUUAUAAUUUGAUUUAGUUAAACAAAGCGAAAAAAGCUAAGGUAGUAGUUUACUGGGUGAGUUAUGUGGAUGUUGGAGGUCAAAGAGUAUUGCUUUUUACACAAGAUGAAAAAAUAGCAUCAAUAGCACGUAAAAAUAUAGAAAAUAAUAAAUCUAGCGUCAACUUAAUUUUAUCUGUAAAAGGACUAGGAUUAUCUUUGGUAUUUAUAUAAUAGUCUAUAUAAUUUCAGUUCAACAGUUCUUUAUAAAUUUAAUAUUUUAGAGUACUUCUCGGGGUGUUCACAUGGAAGAAAUUGCAUAUCUUAGCUUGACAGAUUCAGCUUCUGAAUGGAUGGUGAAAGUUGGGCAUAUUUGGAAACCCUUUACAGUCGAACUAGCUUGUUGGUUAGAAGAUAUGUGGACAAGUGACAAUAAAAAAGCGCAUUUAAAAGAUUAUAUCCACGUAAGAAAAAAUAAGGUACAAACUAUCUCCAACACUUAUUUUAAACAAAUGUUCUGUAAAGGUGGACUUUGAUAAAAUGCAAAUGAUAAGACCGUUUUUCGGGCAGCUUCGCCGUUCGUACAAUCCUGCCGUAUGGAGUCUCUUUAGAAUGAAUUCAAAAAAUACUAACGUGUUAUUCAAAAUCCAUAGAAUACAAGUAACAAUGAAAAAUUAUUAAUUUAUCUAUAAUAAAUAUCAGAUAAAAUAUUUAUUUUCACAUAUAUUUAUUUUAUUAAGGUCCUUAGUUUAAGGACCCAUCUACAUUAAAAGGGAAAAUAAACUAGGUACUGAUGUUGAUAAAAAUGUUAAAAGAAAUUAUUUUGUUUAUGACUAGUUGGACAAUCAGCUAUCGGAUUGUACUUUUAAAACUGCGUUAUACUUAACAUCUUCGUGCAAAACUCCUCGAAGUUCAAAAUCGUUUUUGGAAAUCGCAUAUUCUAAAACAUCAGUUUCGAACCAUUACGACGUUUACAAGUACGUCAUUAGACUUUUAUUGUUCUAGUUAUUUUUUAAUAACAAGAAAAAAUAUUUCUUAUUUAUAUAAAUAUAUGUUUAGAUAUUUCAAUAUAAAUAUUCAAGAUUUUACUGUGCAACUAGAUCGGACAUUUGUAGUUAGUAUGCAUAAAACCUUAUCACCGUUGCUUGCAGUCUUUGAAUGUCCGUUAGACGCGAGAUUUAGGCAAGAUAUAAGUUUACUUCAUGCACCUAAUAUACCGCCGGUAAGGACAAUGAAUAUCUAUUAUAACAUAAUAAUAUGUUGUAAAAUUGGUUACAUUAUAUUAAAUUUCAGGGGAAAAAAUACGGAAAGGUAUUUAUUGACCAUUUCCAUUGUUCUGCGUUUAACGUGCAAUUAAGUUUUUCGGCCAAAGUACCCGAACUUAGCCCAUUGAAAAGCUCCAAUAGUUUUGCGACUGAUGUUCUUCUCUACAUACUCGACGGUCAUUCGAACCGUUUGAGUGAUCUAAAAGCCGUCAAUCUUAAGUAAGAUUCGUGGUACAUAGGUUAUACAAUCAGAGAUUAAAACCAUUUUUAAAUUUUAAAUUUUUGUUUAUGAUAUUAAAAUAAUAAUAAUAAUAAUAACGUUUUUGUUCAUCGUUUAAUAACGUUAUUUUAUCAAAUUUAUUUUUGAGGUUUUUGAUAUCGUUAUUUUGAUUUUUCAGAAAUUGUUUUUUUUAAUACCGUUUAUUAUUUUUACCUACAAAUUAUAGUAAUUAUGUGUAAUAAUUUUUUUUAAAAUAAAAUAGCACAUAUUAUAUUUGGCGGAGGUUCUUAAUCCGUGGUCCAUGUACAUUUAGUGGGCAUGGGUAUAUAGGUGGAUAUUCGGGGGUCUGUAGAAUGAGUAAUUUUUAAAAAUAUGUCAAAUUAUUCAAUUUCUUAGAUUUACACAACUAACUAUUGUUAAAUUUAUACUGAAAUAGUUGCUUAUUUCAAGCUCAAACCAUGUUUCAACAGAUAAUCAUAAACGAUUAACGAUGAAUUUAAUAGACAUACUUUUUGGCAACAACAAUACUCGUCAAACGAUAACUAUUACAAUCCCGAGAACUAAAAUAAAUAUUAAAUUAUUUAGUCAUAUUUUAUUUUGAAAUAAACUUGUCCAAAAUACGAGAGUUUAAUUAAAAUUAAUCAUUCCAAAAUAUUAGUUUCAAUGUUUUCAAAAUAAAACGAAAUUAUUGUAAUAUUUCGUUUUUUUGAUUUCGUUUGUGUUUUUUCUAUUUUAUGUUAUUGAAAAAUAUAAAGAGUUUUCUUUGUUGUAUAAUUUCAUUAUGUUAUGUUAAACGUUUUUUCAAAAAAAGGUUUCAAUCUCUGCCUAUAAUAGCCAUUCGUUUUAUUUAUCUUCUACGUCAAUAUUUUAGUGUGAAUAGCUUGACUCGAAAAGGAUUUUAUAAAGAAUCAUUCAAUUCGAUGUUCAGUUACGGAUGGAAAUAUUACGCUCGCCAGUUGUUAAAACAAUGCCAUGCUUCGAUUUUCAAUUUGGACGUAUUGGAAAACAUUUACGAAAUGGACGAAGUCCAAGUGGAGAAAAUUAACUUUGAAGUAUUAACACAUAGAAUAAUAUAUUAUGCCUGAUAUUGUAUUAUUAUUCUACUUGAUGAAUAUUGGACUAUAUUGAACUUUAUUGACUUAUAUAUAUUUUUACAGGAUUUCUCAGGAUCUAUAUGUUAUGUCGGAGGACAAGGCGUAUUUGCAUCUGUCGAACGUGAAGAAAAAUGGAACUUCAAAGAAUCGUUUCCGGACAGAGUGAUUUCUGCGCACAAAGGAACGGAAACGUCUGUGUUGCUAUCUAUGUCUGGUGCAAUACAAAGACCUCAUAUCGGUGAAUAUUGUUCUUAGUAUCCACGUACAAUGCUUAAAUAUUACUAUUAUUAUUAUUGUAUCAACAUUAUAAUAUGCAUAUAUUUAACGUGUACCUACCUAUAUAUUGUCAAGGUGGAGAGGACGAGAGUGCCGCGGAAUCGUUCUUCAGGGGUCCUGGUCGGAACUUACUGGCUGUCUUGUCAAAAUCAAAUGUAUCCGAUAAGGUGUCAAUGGCUUACGACGGUGUUAAAAGGUAAUAUAAUAUUAUUGUUUGCGUAUAAUAUCAUUUACGUACCUAUACGUAUUAUAUUAUAUUAUAAUGUCGUGUCGUAUGUUUAGAGUAAUAGAAUCGGGCGAAGACGUAGUUAUGAGAACGCGAAUUCCGAGAUACGUCAAUCCGAUGGUUCGUACCUAUAAACACGAUUAUUUUGUUUUACACUGAUAAGUGACUAAACGACAAUCAUUUUACAGGGAAUGAAAAGCUACUCUCUGUACGAAGCAGUCGGUUUGCAUUUAUUCAGAAUCCUGAGUCGUACAUUGUCGAAUGACGGUUAUUGGGCUCACGCGAGUUUCCUUCCAGAGGGUAAAAAAAUUUUACUCAUCACAUUGAGGUACGUAUACACUUAUUGAAUUUUUAGUAUUUUCUGAUUAUGAGCGUAGUAAAACAGUAUUAGUUAUACUAAGACAUAUGCUAUUUUCUUUCAAAAACAUUAUUUCAAGUAGUUUAGUAAAAAUGUUCCAAUUUUUUUCAAUUAAAUAAAUCUUAAAAUAUGCAAAUUUUUCGACUUUAAUAAUUUAUUUGAAAAAAAAGUCUAGAUUAGACUUAGUUUUUUUCUAAAAAAUUAUAAAAAACUAACUACAAAUAGAAAUGCAACGGUUUUACUUUUACUAAUUUUUGAGUUAUUUUAUUAGCUGCAAGGAAAAUAACCGCGACUAAUACUAUUAUUUUAUUAGUUUUUCCAAGCUCUGCAUAAAAUCUUUUUUCAAUUGCAAUGACUUGUCGUUUUCAGUACAAAAAUUAAUUACCUUUUAUUUAUUAUAACUUACUGACUUUCUACCUACAACACUGGCUUACCUAUGAGAAGAAACACGUAUGUCCGGAUUUAUUGAUUUUUAUUGAAAUUAAUUAAAACAUGAUUUUAGACGAGUGAUUUUAGCUGAAAAAUAUCGCACCAACGGACCUUGGGAAAUCGAAUGGAGUAUCUACGUCGAUAACAUAAUAGACGAGCCGAAAAUCGAAGAAAAUAAAUUGAUUUUCAAAGUCCGACAAGUGAGUUACGCGUGCAUUUUAUUAUUAUUCGUAUUGGUAAUAAUGAUUACUUAUUAUUACAUUAUGAUAAUAUUAUUUUUGAACUCUUACUAUAUUUUUCGUUUGGUUUUUUUUUUAUUUUACAGGACGAACAUCAAUCGAGUUAUUUCUUCAGAGGAGACGAAAAAUGUAUUUACUAUGACGAUAAAACGACAUUAAAAUGGAUUAAGAAUAAAAUUCAACAAGUCAUGGUUUUAGGAUGUGAAGAUAAACCUCUUAAAUUUAAAUCAAAAGAAUAAUAAAAAAAAAAAAAACUAUAAUAUAUAUUAUAUCUAGAGAGCUUUAGAAUAAUAUUGAAUAUAUAGUUUAGGAAUAAUAAUAAUAAGAUAAAUAUAAUAACUAGUCGGAAUAGAUUAAAAUAAUAAUAAUCAACGUUUAUGAAGUUGAAAAAUAGUUAUAAUAAUAAUAAGUGUGAUAAUAUUAUGAUAUUAAUCAAAAGUAGUAUACGUACUUCCAACGUUUUCAACAGUUUGAUUUUGAUUGGUUAAAUUUAGGAAACUCAUACUUAUAUCCGCGCGUGCCUUAGUGAUAAAUAUUAUAACGAAACAUCCAAUACUAAUAAAUAUAUAAAAAAAAAAAAAAAUUAGGUAGGUAUUCACGUUUGUGAUUCACCUAUAUGUACCAGAGUAUAUAGUUACCUAAACUAACUUUACGGUCUAUUUUUACGAAUUUAGUAUACUCUUGUAAUAAUAUUAUUUUCAAUCUUGUCAAUGAAAAAUACAAUAACCGUCUACCUAUACCUAUUUACUAAGCUACGAUAAUAUUAAUAACAUUCUAUAUUCUGUACUAAUAUAUUAUACUAGUAUUAUGAUUGUAAUGUUUAUUGAAAAAAAAAAAAAAAAUGGUUGUUGUUACUUGAUUCAAAAAUAUAUAUUAAGUAUAGUAUAAUACUACAUAAUGAAAAUACAAAAAUAUAUCGCAAAUAUUCUUCUCCG